CGGCCACGCCCUCCGGUUAGUCACGUGAGGUACCAAGAUGGCGGCGCCUGGGCGACAAAUUCGGUCUGAAUCGAGGGAGGCUGGUGUGCUGCAAGAGGGAGAUAGAGAAGCACCCCAGAACAUGAAGAUGGCAGUUUAUAAACAUGGUCCGCUGGUUCCCUCUCUAGGAGAUAUAAAGUUCAGAAGACCAGUGAUCAUUGAAAUCAUAGAAAAGAAGUUUGAAUAUUACAGAAAAGACAAGACUUUAAAUAUACAUGGAACUUUAGUUUUUGGAACAAGUAGUAGUUUGUCUGGAGUACUGGCAAACUUCAUUUUCAGAAACAGUUUCAAGGUCCAGUGUGAAGCUUUGAGGACCUAUGCAUCCUUGACUACACUUCCAUUUCUGGCUACCAUCAUUACUUACAAGCUCUUUGUAACUGAUGCUUUGCGUUCAGGUAACAUAAGCAAGGAGAACUGCAUUCUGAGAAGUUCACUGAUUGGUGUAGCAUGUGGUGUUUCAUAUCCGAGUGCUUUGGCUUUUUAUAAAAAUGGGCGUUUGGCAGUGAAGUAUCAUACUAUUCCGCUGCCACCAAAAGGAAGAGUUAUACUCCACUGGUUACUCCUUUGUCAAACUGGAAUGAAAGCAAUGGCCAUUCCUCUGCUCUUCCAGAUAGUGUGUGGGGUGUUUCAUGGCUUAAACCACUAUGCCAUGUGUGAAAGAAGACGGCAGGCAAAAACUGUGCCUGAAGACUAACCAAAGAGUCGGUGGAGGCCAACUCAGCAGAAUGGACUGUUUUAACACAAGACUUGGGCACUGGUCAGGG